AUGGAUCCAAGUCGAGUAACCAUAUAUAACCCUGAGUCCAUAUUGAACGAUCUUUCCGUAUCUCCGGAGUCAGCUCCAGGAGUUGAACAGGGGUCGCUUGCUCCAACAAGUUCACACGCAGCGCAUAUCCAAUCCCUUGAGGCAGUGAAACUUUCAUCACAGACGGAAAAUCCACAGCGGAAGUUGCAUUGGUACAAGAGGCAAAGAAGAGCUGCUCCACCAAAGCUCUCUGACCACUAUCGAAAAUAUCUCGAAGAUGCUGGGGCCUUUCUUGAACUACCACGGGCAACCACGGAUGCUCUCUUGCCAAUUUAUAUAUCUGGCCUGGAUGAUCUCAUACCCAUCAUGGACGGCGCACGUGUCUUCCGCGAUUAUAGCAACGAGCAGUCUUCCCCAUAUCUAGUGAAGGCAAUGUGUCUUGUGACCUGCAAAAUGAUGCAGGCGGUCCCUUUCCUGCGUAUGAACGCUGAUGGCCCGCUCAUGGAGCCGUUAGAGUUUGCAUCUAAGCUGCUAGCCGGCCUCAAUGCAGCUAUCAAAGCAGAGCUUGAGCCCGAUAGGAUCAUCAAGGUCCAAGUUCUUGCACUGAUGCAUCUACACACUGAUGGGUUGGCUGGGAUGGACCGUGCAUCAAGCUACCUAUCACAGGCCAUUUGUGAAGCGUGGUCAUUAUCUCUACAUGUGCAAAUUCUGGGGAGUCUUGAACAAGAUCAGAACGACCUAUUGUGGUGGUCUCUGCGAAACUUCGACCGAGUAAACAAACCUAUUACGGGAGCGGCACCUUUCCUCAUUGACGACACUGACAUUGGAAUUGAGCGUAUCGGCCUAAUGAGAGACAGCUACCGCUCCCAGGUCAUGGAGGUAUCCCUGCAUUUGGGGGAUCUCAUGGUUACUGCAACCAGGGUUUAUAAAGCGAGCUGUAAAGCUGCUGUUGAUCAGUGUCAGGAAUUUCUAUCUCUAUCCGAGCUUACGUCGGACACUGAUUAUGACCAUUUCCACAGAUCGCACAGAGAGUACCUGGAGAUUUGGUAUCAUGUGGCUGCCAUGCUAUCCUGUCGGUAUAGCGGACCGGGCAGCGUUCAAUACAAUCGACGCCUGGCAUCAGCUGAUCGUAUCGUCGAGUUAACCUCCUGUAAGAAGGGUCAGAAUCUCCCUCCACUUCCUCUCGUGCCCUAUGCAAUGUCAAUGGCCCUUACGGUUAUCUACCGCGCUUUGCGUGACAACCAACGUGAUACUAAAGCCGCAUAUGACAACCUCCUCGUGUGCUGCAAUGCUUUAGAGGCUAUGAGCAAACUGUGGACGAGCACGAAGAGGGUGCUUCAGCUUGCAAAGCGGUUAUUGAAGCUUAUGAACAAACCUGGGGUCAUGAAUUCAAGGCAUCUGAAUAAUAGCAACGAUCACCUUCGUCAAGGAAGUGAAGCAAAUCCCUCCAUGGUUACGGCUGCAGAUAAUUCCUCGAUAACCAGACAUGGAGCAGACAACGGAUGUACCAACGCUGAGGAAAUAGCAACAACUCCACCCGGUGCUUCCCGAACUCAUAAAAUAGUGCAUAACGGACAUGGAGCACAGUGUGACGAAAAUGCACAGCAGUCGAACAAACCGUGGCCAGGGUCCGGAACGUCUCACUUCCAGCUCGACAGUGCGAUCUUCGACUUGUUUGACGACAGCUUGCCAAUCGCAUUCCAAGACCCUGCCACAUUGGAUUAUAUCCACUUUUCAAUGAACGAGAAUAGCUACUCCAGCAACUUCCAGUUCUGCUCUUCAUUUGCCUCUCCAGACCUAGAAUAUGGCGACGACAGCCUUCAUGCAAACAUUAACUCGGACUUGAGAAUUGAAUUUGCGCAGAAUGGAUAG